GGAGCCCCGAGCUGCCGCGGCGCUCUGUGAUGCGCAACGCCUACGAGAGCGAGACGGAGCCCGAGCUGGCGUGGUCAGACGACAACACCAAGACGGCGGCCUCGUCCAUGCCCGCCGUGGCCGAGGAGACGGAGGACGACUACAACUUCGAGUGGCCCAGCAGCCCCGAGCUGCCGCGCCGCCGCAACCCCUACGGCUACUCCGACGCCUACGACACACAGAACGAAACGGAGGGCUUCGAGUGGCCCAGCAGCCCAGAGCUGCCGCGCAUGAAGGACCCCCGCUACAUCAGCUUCACCGAGGACAUCGACACCCUGCUGUGCUCCGACCUGCAGGGAGACUUCGCCGAGAUGGAGCGCCUCAUGGGCUACUCCCCCCGCCCCAACUGCCUCAUCCCGACGCCGCGCCGCACAGGAAGGAGGAGGAGAAGGCGCAGCAGCAGCAGCAGCAGCAGGAUGAGGAGAAGAAGGUAGAGGAGAAGAAGGAGUCCCUGAAGCAGAGAGCCAGGCAGAACCUCUCACACUUCAUCGGUAAACUCUCGAAUAUUGAUGAUAUUUUGGGCGCCGUCCUCCGCCCCAUCACCUCCCGCGCCACCACCACCACCACCACCACCACCCUCCCCGCCACCACCCCUUCCACCUCCACCACCACCUCCACCAGUAGCUCCGUGAAGGAUGAUGAGAGCGGCCUGGAGGAGGUGCUGGCCAAUCAGGUGAAGGUUCACGAUGCGCAGGCCAACGUUGCGCAUAUUGACGAGAAUCUGGAGGAGUACGAUGCCUCAGCUGUGAUCAUCAGGAAAAAGGAGAAGAGAGAAGCCUUAACAGCGGAAAUAAUUCGUGCAGUGAAGGCUGGGUUGGACGAUGCCACGCUGCAGGUGUACCGGGACGGGGACUACGGCACCUACUUGGACCUGGAGGCGUCACUAGCAGAGCAGACUGAAGACAUUGAUGGCCUGACUGAUAGCAAGAAGAACGCCAUUAUCCUGAGGACCCAGCUGUCUGUGAGGGUCCACGCCAUCAUAGAGAAGCUCCUGAACAGCGAGGGUCGGGAUCUGCGGCGGGCUCUGUUCUCCCUGAAGCAGAUUUUCCAGGAUGACAAGGACUUGGUGCAUGCCUUUGUACAGAAUGAUGGCCUCACCUGCCUCAUCAAGGUGGGCUCCUCCGCCGACCAGAACUACCAGAACUACAUCCUCCGAGCGCUGGGGCAGGUGAUGCUGUACGUGGAUGGCAUGAACGGGGUGAUGGAGCACCGCCCCACCGUUCAGUGGCUGUACUCCUUGGUGGCUUCCAAGUACCGUCUGGUGGUGAAGACGGCCCUCAAGCUGCUGCUGGUGUUUGUGGAGUACACCGAGAGCAACGCCCUGGUGCUGGUGGACGCCAUCAACACCGUCGACACUUCUAGAGGGGAAUCACCAUGGACCACUCUGAUGAGGCUGCUGGAGGGGCGGGACAGCCUGGACAUGGAGCUGCUCACCUACGCCAUGACCCUCAUUAACAAGACCCUCAACGGCAUCCCUGACCAGGACACCUAUUAUGACCAAACUGACCACCUGGAGGAGCAGGGCAUGGAGACGCUCAUUGCCAAGUACAUGCACAGAGCGGACAGUGACCUGGACCUCCUGCAGCAGUUCACCAUCUACGAGGCUGUGCUGGCGUACGAGGAUGGUGAUGACAUCUGCCGGACACGCACCAUCGACCCCUCCAUCAGACAAGUCCCUCGCAUCACCUCCAGCGACAGAGAUUCCCUGGACCGCCGCAAGUCAAAGAGACACAACCAGACACCGCCACCACCUUCUGCGGGGAAGAAUAGGAAGGGUGUUGGGGUGAACUUAGAGGAUGGCAAGGGGCGGCGUUCCAGUAGUGACGAUGACCACAUUACUGUCAUCAACAUCAAUGGGGACACCUAUGGUAUACCCCAGGACGACCUCUCCGGCAUCAAACACGCCGAUGCAGGGGUGACGCCAGCCCUCAGGAGGCGGCGGGAGAGGGCUGAAAGACACCGCACCUUCAUUAACGAACAGGAGACCAUCAACGAAACCAGGCGCAGCUCCCAUUCCUCCGACGGCAAUGUGGAAGAUGAGAACCGCAAGAACAGUGAACUCUCGGGGCUGAACAAACAAGCAUCGUGGAUGAUGGACAUGAUGUACAGCAAGAGAGACGACACCUCUGCCCGCCGCGACUCCCUCACCAACAUCCAGGACCUCGCCUCCAGGAUAUCCAGUCUGCAGGAGAAGGAGGCGGUGGAGAAUGGGGGCACUGCCGGGGUCAUUGCUCCUGAUGUUAAUGUGCAGGCGUCCGUCAAGGAGAUCCAGAACAAGAUGGCAGCAGCAGGCACCCCAGCAGAGACAGCGGUGGCGGGGGCGGGGACUCGUAAGGGUGGCAGCAGCGGUGACCUGAGUGACCGAAUCAACAAGAUCAAGGAUGGACUGGCCAAGAGUCACUCCAAGGGCGAGGUUGCGAAGGAGGCCGUCCCAGAACCCCCAAAGAAAUCGGAGAACGACAUACAGUGGGACCUCCUAAAGAAGCACCUGAACCGACCCCUGACCCUCUGUGACCUGGAUUUCAACGAUCUGACCCCAGAAGACGAGAUGCUGGUCCCCGUUAAAAAAGAGGAGGGGGUUCCACCACCGCCCCCACCCCCUCCUUCUAUGAUUGGCGGACCCCCUCCCCCGCCACCACCGUUCAUUGUCCCCCCAGCUCCCAACAUGCCCCCUGUCCCCCCUGCACCACCUGCCCCCCGCCCAGCGUCCCGGGCAGACACCCCCGCGCAGCACACAGACACAGAUGAUGCCUCCAGCAGACACCACAAGACCAAAAAGACCAUUAAGUUGUUCUGGAAGGAGGUGCGUGAGGACCCUCGCUUCAUGAUCCCCACCAUCUGGACUGAUGUGGACCGCGUGCCCCUCGACACACAGCGACUGGAGCACCUCUUUGAGUCCCGCGCCAAGGAUAUCAUCACCAAGGUAAAGCAACAGGACCAGAAGGGCGUGAAGGAGCUCAUUGUACUGGAUCCCAAGCGUUCCAACGUCAUCAAUAUCGGCAUGACCAAACUGCCGCCUCCACGCACCAUCAAGACUGCUAUUCUCAAGAUGGACUCCUCUAUCAUCAACAGGGAGGGCAUUGAGAAACUGCUGACCACCAUGCUGCCGACAGCCGAGGAGAAGGAGAAGAUCCAGGAGGCAGCGAUCUCCAACCCUGAGCUGCCUCUGGGAUCGGCGGAACAGUUCCUCAUGAUGCUGGCCUCCAUCUCUGAGUUGCCAGCCAGACUCAACCUGUGGCUCUUCAAGCUGGACUAUGAGAACACAGAGAAGGAGGUGGCAGACCCCCUGAUGGACCUGAAGCAGGGAGUGGAGGACCUGCAGAAGAACAAGACAUUCAAAGUAAUCCUCUCUGUGCUUCUCUCCAUCGGCAACUUCCUGAAUGGGUCAGAGUCACGGGGCUUCCAGAUUGAGUACCUGUCCAAGGUGCCGGAGGUGAAGGACACGGUACACAAACACUCUCUGCUGCACCACCUGUGUCACAUGGUCAUCGAGAAGUUCCCCGACACCACUGAUCUGUACUCGGAGAUUGGGUCCAUCACAAGGGCAUCAAGGGUGGACUUUGAGGAGCUGGAGAACACCAUAGCCAAGAUGCAGGUAGACUGUAAGGCCUCCUGGGACUACCUCAAGGCCAUCGCCAAGCACGAUGGCCCCACGCAGAUCAAACUCAAAAUGUCAGAGUUCUUAGCAGACUGCGCGGAAAGGAUCAUUGUUCUCGAGAUCAUCUACAAGAGAGUCAUGACGAGGUUCCAUCGCUUCCUGCUGUGGCUGGGAACACCUCUGCUGAUGACCCAUGAAAUCAAGGUGCAGCAGGUGUGUUCAGUGGUCAGUGAGUUCGCCCUGGAGUAUAGGACGUGUCGGGAACGUGUCUUGCAGCAGAUCCAGAAGAAGGCUGCACACAGGGAGAGGAACAAGACCAGGGGGAAGAUGAUCUCUGAGGAGAGUGAAUACCGCGCCAAUGGGAUUCUCAGGCCAUGUCUCAAAAACAGAUCGAUGGAGAAGUUCAAGCGUUCCAAACAGACCAAGGAGGAGAAGGCAGACUCUGACCUCCGCCAGCUCCUCAAUUACUCUGACGUCUCCGACACUGACACCAUUCGAGGCAAGAACACCUGGAGGAGAACGCGGGAAGGCAAGACACGCAGCAGAGGCGAGGAGAGCAUGGUGGAGGUGAUGGAAGGGGAGGACGCACUGUUGGACUCCCUGGUGAAGACAGCCACACAGGGUCCCUCCGCCCGCACCACACCCAGGGAACGGAAGAGAUCUAGACACGCCGACCGCAAGUCAUCUCGUCAGUCGGCCGCAUCAGGCACAGUGAAGCGCUCCAGAACCCGUGACCGUAACCUCAUUAAUGAAUUAGAGGCUCUCCAGCAAGUCCAACAGCUCCAUAUUGACUAGUCCCCAUCCCAAGGCCAGCUCAGCCCCCUUUCCCCGCCGCUAAUGGCCCUCGGAGGUCACGGUCCAGGAAAGGAGUGCCGGAUUUGUCCCACCUGGAGGCCCUGGUGGUGCGGGAGUAACCACUUCCUACACCACCUCCACCACCACUACCACCACCACCACCACUGCCACGACUACCACCACCACCACCACCACAACCACCGCCGCUGUCGCCACCACCACCACAACCGCCACCUGCCGCUCACUCUCCAUGCGGCGGACUCUUAAGAACGGACUGACGGAGGAAGAGAAAAGACUCCUGGCUAUCAUCGCUGCACAGACACGCUGAGACGCCAGCCACAGCACCACAGCACCACCACAGCCACCACCAGCAGUCUGUCACUCAAGAACCUAACACAACUGACUACAGAAUGAUGCUCCAGGUGUAUAAGGAACUGCAGUGAAUGGAUGUGGGUGUGGCUGCUUUAGUGAUGCAUGUGGUGGUUGUGGUGACAGUGGUGAUAGUGGUGGUGACGGAGGAGGUGGUAGAAAGCAGAUUAACCUAGUCUAGUCAAGGAAUAUUUACCGGAAGGGAGAAAUAGACUGAGUAGAGAGGAUACGAUAGCGAGGCAGGAAAAGAUGACGGGAACUUGUUGUGUGUUGGGAGGUUAUGAUCGUUACUUUACACAGGCGAGAGGGAAGAUAGAGAUGUUUAAAUACACAAGAUCAGUUUAUUAGGAGAAAGAAAAGUAGAAGAGUUACACUGAGGAUAAAAAAUAAUGAUGUAAAGAACUUAUUGUAUUUUGGAAGUUUGUGGAUCGUACUUCACACAGACGAGAGAAAAUAUAGAGAUGGGUAAAUAUAUAAGAUCAGUUUAUUAGGAGAAAGAAAAGUAGAAGAGUUUCACUGAGGAUAGAAAAUAAUGAUGUAGAUUGUAAUCAUGAUAGAGACUGAUAAAAAACAAGACCAGCUUAUUAGAAAAAAACACAGUAGAAGAGACAACCUGAGACUACAAACUAAAUAUACGAUAAACUUGUAUUUUGAAAGUUUAUGAAUAUUACCCCACAUAAAGCAAGUGAAUAAUUUGCAUACAUAUUCGGUGUCUGUGUAUUAUAAGUUAUCAUGCUACAUACAAAACCCAGCCAGUCAUACUCAAAACAAAUAUAUAAACAAUUAGCAUAUAUAUUCAGUCUGUGUGGGUAACAAUGAUCACCCACACACACACACAGCAAGCCAGUGAUACAGAGAAGCACACAAACAAUAAGUCAGUCAUUGACAACACUCGCAACACACAGGCCGUCAUGCGUUGGUGUAAAUAUGUAUACUGCUGAUCAGAACUUGCCACAUGACCUUACCUACACUACCUGACCUCCCAUGACCUGACCUGUCCUGGCAUUCACACCCUCGUGAGUUAGUUUCCAAGGACAGAAGUGUGGUCAGUCAGUCAAUCAAUCAGUCAGUAAGAGGCACAGUGGUAGCACAUACAUACAUACAUACAUACAUACAUACACUGCUGACUCUGUGCAUGCUGUGAGUCUUUGUCAGCAAACUCAGCAAGUCUUCAGAAUUCACUGUAGAGAUAAAGUUUACAGGCCAGACAUCAGUCCCAGAAAUGAGCCUAUAAAUUCUAUAGGCCUGGGAUGUAAAAUCUAUCUUUCUUUCUCUAUAUGUGCAUAAAUGAAAAGGAAGAGAACAGUAUGUAUAUUUAGGCCUAAGAAUUUUGUAGACCUUAGCCAUUUAAAGAAAAAUAGGCUUGAGAAAUUAAUAAAAAGAAAAUUAAGAGAAAUAAAAAAAAUGAAAAAAAUAUACUCAAAUAAGUCAGACAAAAAAAUUGGCAUAGAUAAAGAAAAAAUAAAUGAAAGAAGUAAGGAAGAAAGAAAACCAGAUAUAAAAGAAAAAAGAAAAAAACAAGAAAAACAAAAAAAUUGAAAAGAUAAUCCUACAAACUCAAUAGUCCUAAAAUAUACAAAUAAAACAAUAUAUUUUCCAAGUACUGACUGACACAAACCUCACAGCAACAGAAGCAGCAGCAGGAGGAGGAGGAGGAGAGGUGCUGAUUGCUAACCUCUUACAAACCCCAAUAGUCAGCAGUAGGUGGUUGGUUAAGCCUUACUUCGCCUUAUGCAGGUGUGUGGCAGGCCCUCCCACACCUGCCAUCUGCUCAACACACCCGCAACACACCAGCGAGGCACAGACGGGAGUGUUGUAAAGCUGUGAUAGUCUGUCUGUGUGUCGCUGCCUCACACUACUACACAUUUCCAAAUAUUGUCAUUAUCGAGAUUGGACGCGUUUUGAAUGAGGUGUGUUUGUGUGUAUGUGUGUAUGUGUGUGUGUGUGUGUAUGUGUGCGUGUGUCAUUUUGUGUUUCCUUUUUCAUUUCCCUCUCGUUCUCUUGUUCUGUUUUCCUCCUUUCUUUCCCCCAGUCUGAGCCAGAAUAAUUUAAAGAUUAAUUUCUGUUUUUUCUCAUUGAUCUUCAUUUGUUUUCCUUCUCUUCCCCUUUUUUUCUUUUUCUUUUUCUUCUUUUCAUCCUCUCUGUCCAGUUAAAUUCUCUCCUUUUUCUCUGUUCCUAUCAUUUUUGCUUUCCUUUUUCCUAUCUAUAUCUUCAUAAACUCAUUUUUUUCUUUUCUUCCUCAUUUUCUUUCCCUUCCCAUUGUUUUUUUUUUUUCUGUUUAAACUUAAGGAAGGAAGAUUUUUUAUGUGUCCCUAGAUUUUCUUCGAAUUCGAGGGAAAGAAUACAUUUUUUUCUUUUUCUCUGUCCUAAGAUGUUUUUAUUCAAGCUUGUGGGAGAGAAAGAAUAAACUGUUUCUUUCUUUUCUAUAUUUCCUUCAAUCUUUUUAUUCAAACGAGAGAAAGAUUACAUUUUUUCUCUUUAUUUUGUAUAUUUCCUUCAAUCUUUUUAUUUAAACUUGAGGGAGAGAAAGAACAUAUGAUUUUUUUCUCAUUGUCCUUCAGUGUUAUUUAGACUUGAAAGAGGAAGAAUAUAUAUUUUUCCUCUUUUCUUCUCUAUGCCUUUAAUCUUUUUAUUUAAACAUAACGAGAGAGGGAAACAAACUUUCUUUCCCUUCCCUUUGUUUCCCCACGUGGCUCACUGUAUAAUACUAAGGUAGACUAGUAUAGAGGAAAAUAAUAAUACAUAAAACAAUAUGCUAGUUAAGGCAAUGUUGAUCAUAUAGACGAGAGAGUACCGAAGUGACCGAACAGUAGGAAUGCCACCUUUGUCACGCUGAUGUCUGAGAUUUUGAUACUCAAUAAUGCUUUAUGGAUUUUUAAAUAUAAAAGGCUGUGUACCGAAA